AUAACCCUGAGGACCACAUUGUCGUAUAGUUCUGCUUGUCUAAUUCUCAAUUUCCUCGCUAUUUCCGUUUUUGAAAAAAUAGCUAAGGAGAAGGAAGCGAGUGACACAAUGGAGUGGAGGAUAAAAAUGGCCGACGGAUCAUCUGAAGCUUUGGCUCCCACCGAGGCACGGGGGUGCCCCGGCAUAGCAUGUCUUGCCCUAAAGGGUCUGGUUGUAGGGUUUGUAAUGAAAGUAUGGAACUUUCUGAAGAAAGCUUGGGACUUGGGACACAGUGAUCCCAGAAAAGUGAUCCACUGCCUCAAAGUUGGGAUGGCACUCACUGUUGUCUCAGUCUUUUACUACUUGAGACCUCUCUAUGAAGGUGUGGGAGGAAAUGCCAUGUGGGCAGUUAUGACAGUUGUGGUUGUCUUCGAAAAUACUAUUGGUGCAACAUUAUGUAAAAGUAUAAACAGAAUAUGUGGAACUUUUCUUGCCGGAUUUCUUGCCAUCGGCAUCCAUUGGAUUGCAAAUCGAUCCGGGAAAGAAUUCGAGCCUUUCAUCACUGGAAUAUCUGUUUUCUUAUUAGCUUCUGCAGCAACCUUUUCGAGAUUCAUACCUUCAGUGAAAGCUCGAUUUGAUUACGGUGCUAUGAUCUUCAUCCUCACAUUCAGCUUAGUUUCGGUGUCGGGUUACCGGGUGGAUCAGUUAUUCCACAUGGCCAGCCAAAGAAUGUCGACCAUCGUCAUUGGGACUUCCUUGUGCGCUGUCAUAACCAUGAUCAUUUGCCCCAUUUGGGCUGGGGAGGAACUCUACAUGCUCAUCACUCGGAACAUGGACAAGCUUGCCAAUUCCUUAGAUGGUUGUGUGGCAGAUUAUUUCAAUGAUAGUGGAGGCUUUGCUGGUAGUGACAAAGAAUCUGACAAGAAAUUGCUUGGCUACAAAUGCGUUUUGGGGUCAAAGGGAGCAGAAGAAUCCAUGGCCAAUUUUGCUAGAUGGGAGCCGGCACACGGCCGAUUCAACUUUCGGCAUCCAUGGAAGCAAUACCUCAAAAUUGGGGCAUCAAUGCGUGACUGUGCUUAUUGCAUCGAGGCCCUCAAUGGUUGUGUCAGUUCGGAAAAUAAGGUCUCUGAGUUGGCAAAGAAGCAUAUCAGCAACAUUGCCAUGAAAGUAAGCUCAGAUUCUUCAACAGUGAUAAAAGAGCUAGCAAAGACUAUGAAAACAAUGAAGAAAUCAACUGCAAUAGAUCUCCUAGUUGGAGAAAUGAACAAUGCAGUUCUGGAGCUCCAAGAGGACUUGAAAUCUCUUCCUAACUUAUUCAUUAAUCGACAGCCACAACUGCCGCAGGAAUCCGAUGAUUGUCCCGAAAACAACAACACAAAAGCAGAAGCAGAAGCAGUUGCUCUCAUGGACAUAAUUCCACUUGUGACUUUAGCUUCUCUGCUGAUUGAAAUUGUUGCAAGGAUUGAAGGCAUGGUAGGUGCAGUCGAGGAACUGGCUGAGCUGGCUGAGUUCAAGGCAGCCGGCGAUCGGAAGGCGAAUCAGAAUCAGACUACUAAUAAAGUUGUACCGGAUCAACAUGCCCUCCGAAGGGUCUGAGUUAGAUUGUACAUUGAUUAUUGUUCUUGGCAGAUUGUGUUGUUGCAAGAAAGGUGGCAAGAAACAUAUACUACCGAGGUGGUGCUGUAAAUUAUACCAAUCCAACAACUUGGAACAUAAUUGAAAGUCUGUCAAUUGAUCAAACCUUA